ACGCAAACGGGAAACAUCUCCAAGCAAACUCCAAGCAAACUCAUUGAAUCUGUACCGUCUUCAUCCAAGCUGAAGCUCUGACUGAAGAUUGGUGCUCGACUUCAAAAAGAUGAAUUUCUCUGCCGGCGAAAUGGCUGACAAUUGCAGCGACAGCACUGGCGCAGAAAACUGCACUUUGGCGGAUCCGACCGGUUUGGUCCCGUCCUAUCCGGAUAUCACCGGCUGGCUCCAGUUCUCCAUCACGACCCAAUUCAUGCUGAUUUUCGUCAUAUUCUUCACCAACGCUACGGUGCUGGUCCUGGUCGCCUAUUUCAAGACUCUGCAGGUUUUGGAGAACUCGUUCAUUGUGAGCCUGGCAGCUGCAGAUGGGCUGUUGUCUGUUGCCAUGAUACCAGGUGUAGAUAUCACUCUAAAUCCCACCCGAGCCGGUAACAAGUACGCUUGUCUCCUACUUUGGUGCUCCAUCAUGUUCUCAUCAAGCGCUAGUGUGUUCUCCCUUCUUGCUCUGAGUCUAGACCGGUAUCUCAAGAUAGUCUACCCCCUGCAUCAGUACAUGACCGCAGCCAGGGUGUGUGGUAUCUUGGCAUUCGUCUGGAGCUACACAUUCAUCACCGCGUUCGUGUUGCCUUUUGUCGGCCUCAACGGCAUCAAGGACCCGUCCUUCGUGUGCUUCGACUUCAAAGACGUCUUCAACAUCGCGCAUCUCCAGUUUUACUGCUACAUUAACGGCCUGGCGCCUUUCCUGUUCAUGUUCGUCAUGUACGGUAAGAUCUUCCGGGUAGUUUGGGAGAAACUCCGGGCGGAAUCUGACCAGAUACCGGCCGGAGCCGAAGGGGUCGGCCGAAGCAAGCAGUGGCUCCGGCGGGAGUUGAAGGUGAUCAAGAAGCUCACCAUGGUGCUUGGUACGACCGCAGUAUCCUGGAUACCGACCACAUGCAUGCUCCUGAGGCAGAUCUACGACCCGACCUACUACCCCACAUUUCAGACCCGAGUCAUUCUGAGCACCCUGACGUAUAUGAACAGCGCCGUCAACCCUCUUCUCUACUCCUUGCGAAUCCAGCCGUUUCGUGAAGCGUUGUCCAAGGUUUUCUGUAGACGGUGUCAAAGGCCCAAUGCCAUCCAUCCAUCUGGUAGAGAUACUACCUAAACCAGCCUGUAUAGGGUCGGAUCGUUUGACGGUGGUCGUCUGGUUUCUUCGUGAUCAUUCACACCAUUGCAGUAGGCAAGCAUUUGGUUAGCAAUCGUUUGUGCGGCACCUGCCUUUCAAUUUGUAAUGAAAAUUCAUUUCUACAAUGGGUAAAUAUUGUGGACAUAAUGAUGAUCAUUCAUAAAUACCUAUACAGUUUUACAUUCAAAUUCAAAUUCAAGUUUCAAGUGUAUUAUCCACACUAAAAAGUAUAGAGAUUCAGCUUCCACUGGCAUUUCUGAACAAUGACAUUACACAAAAUCACUAAACCAAUAUGUAGUACAAUAUACACAGAUCGCUAAAACCCACUUAAAAAUAAACCAACAAAAUACAGUUUAAAUUGAGAGGACCACAGUAAAUUGCACACAAAAAAUUCUGAAGUCAACAUAGCACACACACAAAAAAGGCAACUCCAUACAAAUGACAUAUUAAAACGAAUUGACGGCUCUUUACAGUAAUAUCAAUGAUUACCGGUACCUAUUCACAGACAUACUUACAGGUGAAUAGCGUUUGGAACAAACAAGUGCAACAACGUGAAGUUAGUGGGACGCAAAGACGGAUACCUGAUAUGUUGAAUUUGAAAAGGUUAUAGAAUGGAUGUGAGGGGUCCUGCAUUAUUUUGGGAACUUUCAACAAAACACGCUGCUCAUACAAGGAAGGUUUUCGCAGAUGAUGCGCUGGGCAAUCUUCCUGGGUCUUUCCAGCUUCUCGAUGUUUUCUUUUGACAAGUUACCAAAGUUACAAACGAAACAAAAGGUAAGAAUACUCUGGAUAAGGGACUUACAAAAAAGAAUUAAAAACCUGUUGUCAACACGAAAUUUCUUCAAUUUCCUCAAGCAAUAUAAUCUUUGAUUUGCUUUACCUGCCACAGUCUUGCAGUUGUCCUAUUGGUCGAGAGAACCUCGC